CUGCGGUCAGCCAUCGCUUAUAAGUAGGCUAAGAAUUAUCGUCGAGAAGUCAGUUCAAGUUUGACUACGGUCGAGAGAAGACAUUCUUACCCGUGGACCGUACGAGAAACAAGGAGGAUAACCGUCCGUUGCAAUAGUUUUGAUUUCAAAGAGAAUCCGAUAAAUCCACGAUGUCGAAAAUCGUUCUUUUCCUAUGCGUCGCUCUUCUGGUCGGAAGCGUUAUCUCAGCUUCGCCCGGCAGAACUCGAUCUAGUUCAUCUUUGACCGCUGACACACAGAAUUGCGGCCGUCACGGUGAUCCCUGUGUGUCGGCUGAUCAAUGUUGCGGCACUUUGAGGUGCCACACUUACGCUCAUAGAUGCCAAGUCGUCAUCACGGAAGCCGAGAUUUUGGCACAGCGCGAAAAAAUUCUUGGACGCCGAGGAAAAGACAAUUAAAAUUAUAUACGUCACAUCCGACGAGCGACGAGCGAGGACGAAUAACUAACAAAUCAAGGGAUAAACGAAGGGAAUCGAAUCCAUGUCCAAAUAUCAUUAAACUGUACGUGUGAUUUGAAUAAAGACAACUCGUUGAGUAAAAAAAAA